AUGAUUGAAAUUUCUCCUUCGGUUAUAUUCUUUGCGAUUUUUCUAGCUGUACCAUUGCAGAUAUUAUUUUCGCCACAAAGAUCGUCUGAUGCACGCUACCAUUUUUUCAAGUUGCUUCUUUAUUUUUUUAUUUUAUCGUCAGUUGAGCCUCGUGAUCCUCGGCCGCCUUCAAUUAAAUAUCGUGUUGGAGAUAUAGUAAAACAUAAAAUCCAUGGAUAUCGUGGUGUUAUUAUUGGGUGGGAUGAAAAAGCAAACGCUCCUCCUAUUUAUUUUAAGGAUUGGUCGGAGCUUCCAAAUUAUGCUGUGAUUAUAGAUACAAGAGAUCGUUUGAUUCCACAAGUUGCUUAUGUUGUUGAAGAAAAUAUUGAAUUGCACGAAGGAUGGGUUUGUUUUCUUCAUCCACUGAUAAAGAACUAUUUUGAGUAUUAUGAUGGUAAGCACUAUGUUUCUCGACCAUGGCAUAAAAAAUUAUAUCCCAAUGAUUGA